AUGGCGGCUGUUCGUGGUCCCGGCACGACGUGUCUCGGCGGCAUCGGCACAGUGUUAGGCUCUCCGGCGUGGUUCCCUGGCGGCCUAAGCACAUCAAUGAUGCCCUUCAUCAUCUCCAUGAAUCCUGUUCGCAUCUCCUCGCGGAUGGACUCGCUGAUGCCAGAUGGCAGAUUGCAUGUAGAUAUGACUGGUAUCUCCGCAAGCUUUCUUCACGAUGCUAUUUACGUUCUCAUGCAACCCUCGUACAUUGCUGCUCUUGCAAACAAAGUCGAGCAGCAACAAAAAUUAAUUAGGGCGCAGCAGAGGCAAAUUAAAGCCAUUAAAAAAGAAGUGGCAAAGUUAUCGCAGCAGAGGCGUGUACCUCAGCCGCAGAUGCAACAGCCGCCGCAGAUGCGACAGCCACCGCAGAUGCGACAGGCGCCGCAGAUGCAACAGGCGGCGCAGAUGCAACAGCCGGCACAGGUGCCACAGCCGCCAAUGCAACAGCAGGAGCCGCCUCUGCUGCCGCAGAUGCCACAGCAGCAGGAGCCACCGCAGAUGCCUCAGCCGCAGAUAUGGAUACAGCCGCAGCACCCGCAGCCGUGGAUACAGCCGCAGCAGCAGUUGAUGCAGCCGCAACAGCCGUGGAUACAGCAGCAAACUAUGACGUAUUAUAUAUACGAAGAAAAUGUUUAA